UUACUUGCCUUUUCAACCGGAAGUUAUUGGUCAUGUAGCUCUUCAGAUAAAAACAUGAACAUUGCUGGCGACCCAAACUUUGCUGCUGCUAUCAAUGAAUAUUUUAACUCAGGACAUACUUAUGAUGUCAUACUGGAUCUGCUCCGAACUAAUCACCAAACUUUUAUUAGUAUGCGGACAUUGAAAAUGCAUUUAAAAAAUGCCGGACUGUUUAGAAGAAGUAACUACUCUCCACAAAAUGAGAUGAUUCGUGCUAUUUUGACCGAACUACGGGGACCGGGGCAAUUGUUUGGGUAUCGGACCAUGUGGCAAAUCCUCAAACAAAAGCACAACCUUCAUGUGAAACGUGAUAUUGUAAUGAGACUGUUGAGACAACUAAAUCCCCAAGGACUUGCCUUAAGAAGCCGCAGGAGAUUUACUAGACGCACGUAUCACUCCAUGGGCCCCAAUUACAUCUGGCAUGUUGAUGGCUACGACAAACUGAAGCCUUUUGGCUUGGCCCUCUCAGGAUGUAUUGAUGGAUUUUCAAGAAGAAUGAUGUGGCUUGUUUGUGGAUCAACAAACAACAAUCCGUCUGUCAUCGCACACCACUACUUAAACUGUGUCAGGGAUCUUGGCGUGGUACCAAUGAGGCUACGAACUGACCUUGGGACAGAGAACGGGACCAUGUCAGCCAUACAAUGUACGCUCCGUCACGCCCACACGGACUACUAUGCAGGCUCAUUAAGUCACAGCUACGGAUCUUCAACAGGGAACCAGCGCAUCGAGUCUUGGUGGUCUUUGUUCAGGAGAGGAGGGUCUCAGUUUUGGAUGGACUUGUUUGGAGACUUGAGAGACUCUGGAAACUUUGUUGGGAGCCAUGAACACCAAUCUUUGCUGAGAUUCUGCUUCAUUGGAGUUCUGCAGACGGACUUGGAUGAAUGUCGGGAUCUCUGGAACAAACACAGGAUACGCCCAAGUAGACCUGCGUCAUGUCCUGGAGGGAUUCCAAAUGAGCUCUACCUCCUACCUCACAGAUACGGUUCAAGGGACUGUGGAUUUGCUGUCGAGGAGGGUGAUCUGGAUCAUUUCCUGAGGCGAGACAAGUGCCUGACCUAUGUGGUGAUCCAGAUAUUGAGCAAUACUUACAAGAAGCUGUUCUACAGAAUGGACGACAACAACCACAAGACUGGGAAUCUGCAUCAGGACUUUAUUUAACUUUAAAGGACAUGGCUGGGUUUUAGACCCAAAAGGCUUUAGUUUGUUUGUUCUGUUUCCUGUCCUCUUUCAGAAAUAGAGGAGAAAAAAAAGUAGGUCAGGCCGUUUUCAGCUUCUGUACAAAACAACAGUUGUGGUUAAUACAUUUAUUAACUUAAAUAAAAAAAAUUAAAUCCAUUAUAUGUAUUUGUGUCAACUUUUGUUUACAGAACACAUUACUUUGCCCUGAGAUCAAAGAAACUGAGAAACUGUUGCUCUUCAUAAACUUGUGUGGUGUUGUGAACAAUGCCAACACGAGCAGAACUGGACUUAUAAGUAGGUGACCUUUCAAAAACACCCAAAUCCUGGGGCAUUUUGAAUUCCAAAGUCCAUAUUUUCCUUAAACUUCUCGUAGGAAUCUACAAACGGUAGCUUCAUUACAUUUGCACAAGUGUUUGCGACUGGAAAUGGGGAUUCACUUGUGAACUGGAUUUGUGGAGUUGGUGUCUGCUGGUGGAAGUGAAGCCAGACCG